ACGAAACUAAUUUAAAAAAUAAAUACCUGUCCUUGACAGUCAUUGUUUUUUUAUUUCACAUUUUAGUGCUCUGAGUAACGGUGCAUAAGUUGACACGUUCAAUGGGAUUGCAACUGUAAAUCAGAAAGGAAAAUUAAGAAUCAAUGAUGGCGAUAUUACCAUUACUUCUCGUGGUCCUCUCCAUCGGUGGAGGCUACACCAACGAAGACAAUCCCUUCCUUGACCUCACUUCAUCCCUACUCCAGAAUAUGGGGAAUGGGGAGGACAAUGGCUUGGGGGCUUUAGGGAGCAUAGUGGGGAACCUAAUGCAGGGAGACAAUGCCAAGAACCUUGGAGCUCUGUUUGGACAGAAGAAUAACGCUGGCGAUUUGCUGUCAGGUCUGGGCAGCUUACUAGGAGGUCAGAACGGCAACAUUGACCCAUCCAUGAUUGGUACAAUGAUGUCGAUGUUCGCUCAAAUGGGAGACCAGCCCCAACGGCAGAAACGGAGCUCGGAAGACCUCAAUCUGGACGGCAUCAUGAAUUUAGCCUCUGGGCUGCUAAGCAACCAGAAUGCUGGUGGAGUAAUGUCGAUGAUCAUGAAUACUCUCAACUCUCUAUCGGAGAACGAGGCCCAGAAACGAUCUGAUUCUCACAAAGACCAUGCCUCCUUCCUUCCGCCAUUUCUGGAGAAGGCGCAUCUAUAUUGGGACCUCUUCAUUAAUUCCGAGCUGGGUAAGACGAUCUGGGAGAAGUCUGGACUGAAGAAAGCCACUAAAGCCUUCACAGCACCUGAUGGGAGCAUCAGCUUUGAGAUGAUGUUUAAAAGUUUCGAGAACCAUUCGUUCAGAAGGCACUGGAUUAAGGCUGUAGCGAAAUAUCUGACUGACAUGGUCGUCCAUAUAGCGAAGCCUGAAGUAUAUAAGAGAUACAUGAUAUCAGCGGAGUACAUCACCAACACCUUCCUAGACAGCCAGGGUCUGCCGAAGUCAGUCCACGUCGACAUGAAGAGACCAGAGCAGACCAUCACCAAGCUCAUCAACUACGCCCUGAAGAAGUACAUGGAUAUGGAUACUGACGUCUCCGAGUAUAUCUCACCAGCGUUUGAGUAUAUCAAGCAAACUCUGAAAAUGGCUCAGACGGCUAGCCAGAAAUUAGCCAAGUCGGACUACAAUGCGUUGGCUGAGCGGCUAACUGACACACUCAACUUGGAGGUGAUCGAGCCAGUGUUGAGGGUGCACCGAGCUUACCGACACGCGCUCGCCGCUCCGCAGUGCCAGGAGCACCUUAUGUGCGUGGUCAACAGACAUCACGACAAGGAUGGACGUCUUCCAGGCUUCAAGGCAGGUCUAACCAAGCUGAGCAGCCUGGUGGCUUCAGCAGCUCUCAGCUUCCAAGACGGCAAGGGAUUCUGGGACCUGUACAAUGCUGUUCAGAGUGACGUCAACUGCGAGGCGAAAUAUCCUGCCGACUGCGCCGCUUUCCACGAGCACGAACUGAAAGUGACCACAGAAGUCUACCACAGCGAAUUAUAGAGGUCUCACCAAGAACGUUUACCACAUUUGCUUAAAGUUUAGGGACAGUCCUAUUAAAUUUAAAGUAAGUUGUAGC